AAAACUCGAGAAAAGAAAGCGAUAAUGAUUAAAGAAAAGGAAAAAAGUUCCGAUUUUUGGAGGCGCACGGAGACUUCUCGCAGCAGUUUGUUGGCGGCCGGAUAAACGAGACGAGGCGAGGCGAACGCGAAAGCUCCCCAUCUCCCUCCCUCCCUCCCUCAUUAUUGAUUGAUUGAUUCGCAGAUUCGCCGCUGCCACCGCAUCCCGCCCACCCACCGCGCGCCACCGCCUCCGCCGCCGACGAGCCCCCGCGGCCACCGCCACCGCCACCUCAUCUUCUCUCCCACCACCGCUCCACAGCCGCCCUCCCUUACAUGGAAGUCGACGUCUCCAUCGCCACGCCCGCACCGCAGGAAUCUUAGCUGAUUGGUGCUUUGGACUGCAGGUCUGGACACGUUGUCCGUUUCCUGCUUGUGCAGACGUAGGUUUGGAGUCUUUCUGAGUGUUAAGGUGGCUUUCCUUUUUGUCCUUCCAUGGUUGAAAUUUGUAUGAACAACCUUGACUUUCUCGAAGAUCUGUGUUGGUCGAUAAGAUGAAUCGAAGAAGAACAAUGCUAUUGCUUAUCUGUCUCUGUGCAACAUUUUGCCUCAUGACUCAGUUAGGAGCUGCAAAUGUAGUGCUGAUGGGGACAAAUCUGACUUUGUCGUUUGAUGAUGUUGAGGCAAGUUUUGCUCCAGGAGUGAAAGGUUCAGGUUUUGAAGGCGUUGUUUAUACUGCUGAACCUUUGGACGCCUGCAGUCCGUUAACAAGUAAAGCAGAAAAGGGUCCACCAUCUCCAUUUGCACUGAUCAUAAGAGGCGGGUGCACAUUUGAUGAAAAAGUAAAAAAUGCACAGGAUGCUGGAUUCAAAGCUGCAAUAGUAUACGACAAUGAAAAUAGCGGGGUUCUGAUUUCAAUGGCUGGAAGCUCAGGUGGUAUUCACAUUUAUGCGGUGUUCAUCUCGAAGGCCUCAGGGGAGGUGUUGAAGAAAUUUUCAGGCCAUACUGAUGUAGAGGUGUGGAUACUACCUGCGUUUGAGAACUCAGCCUGGUCAAUCAUGGCAAUUUCAUUCAUAUCUCUGCUUGCCAUGUCUGCGGUUCUAGCUACUUGUUUCUUUGUGAGAAGACAUCAUAUAAGGCGGGACCGGCCUAGAAUUCCAGAAGCCCGAGAAUUCCAUGGAAUGAGCAGUCAAUUAGUCAAGGCAAUGCCAAGCCUUAUCUUCACGAAGGUGCAAGAGGACAACUGCACAUCAUCAAUGUGUGCCAUUUGCUUGGAAGACUACAAUGUCGGAGAAAAAUUAAGAGUGUUGCCUUGCCGUCACAAGUUCCAUGCAGCUUGUGUGGACCUUUGGCUCACAACUUGGAGAACUUUUUGCCCUGUAUGCAAACGUGAUGCAAGUACUGGAAUACCAGAUCCUCCAGCCUCAGAGACUACACCAUUGCUUUCUUCUGCAGUUCGUUUGCCUUCUCAGUCAUCUUCGUUCCGGUCAAGCGUGGCAGCAUCGCCUCCAAGACCAAUAAGUCGACGACCUUCAUCACAGUCCAUAUCUCGGAUUUAUGCUGCUUCUGGUACCCCCAACUCUCCUAACCCCAUAAGGUCUUUCACAAACUCAACUGCCAUGAGCAUAAGUAGAAGCAAUGUGGACUUAUCAAACAUGUCUUCCCGCCCUCGCGCCUCACACCUCGCCUCCGCACAUUCUUUGGUUGGCAGUCACUUGUCUCCACCAAUCAAUAUAAGGUACGCAUCGCCGCAUAUGUCCCACUCUGGCUAUGCAUCACCUAGUCCACAUGUUAGCUCAUCCUAUGUCUCCAACUCUGGGUAUGGAUCUUCAAGCUACUAUCUCGGUUCAUCCAGCCAGCAUCGGUCAUACCUAAGGCGCUGUGGGGAAUCAGGGCCUAGCUUGUCUACCAUGGCCCCUCAGUCGCCGCAACAGUCCCAGUUACGUCAUGGCGGCGAAUCCGACUUAAAUCUAGCAGGAGCAUCCUCAGGCCAGUCUUUCCGGCAAUCCUACCUGAGACACUGUGCUGAUUCAGAGGUAAAUCUAGCAGGAGCAUCCUCAGGCCAGUCUUUCCGGCAAUCCUAUCUGAGACACUGUGCUGAUUCAGAUGCAAGCUUAUCUGCCAUGGCAUCAGCUCAAUCCUUGCCAGGAUGCUGAUUUCUCUGGGAUCAGAUCAGCUUCUGUCUGUACUAAGACCUGGCGUGACUUGUGUAUACAUUUGAGGCAUGUACUAUAGGCUAUUGGUUGAGAGAAAAUGGUCGUAUUUGUUUGUGUUUCUCCUGCUGCCCUGCCCUUUUGGUUGUAGUGAUUGUUAGCGCUCUAUUUGUUUCACCCUAGAGUGUAUAGUACAAUUGUACAGCAACUUUCUUUUAAACUAAGCAAUAUCAUCCGCGCGUUGCCCAUAAA